GGCUGUGAAAAAUCACAAUGGCCGGAGCGCUGGGUAUUGUUCUGCUCUAAUUUUUUAAACCAUUAUUUCCAUUUUGGCAUGGCCCCAUUUGCCUGCUCUCAUGCUCCAGCAUGAUGUAGCUUUAGGGCUCUUUUCAUUAAAAAACAAAAAAAAAUAAUUGCAAAACAGACAAUUUAUUUUCUCCGAUAUGUUGAAAUGAAAUCAGACCUUUGGCUAUGAAACACCAUUGGGGACUAUCUUGGUCUGACGUUCGCCAGGGCAGUGAUCUCUGGACUGUUCAUUCUUACACAGGGUGUUGCUGAGCUUAUGGUAAAGUGCCUUCCAUAUAAAAUGUGCAAUGGACUUGAAAUGUUGUUUCUCUAUAUGCUACUUUAAAAAAUAGUAAGACAGCAUAUUCAAAAAUAAAAGUCCAGAGCCUUUAGACAAAAAUAGUGUAAGUUUUAAAAAUUAAAACAAUUCCACAAUUGUUAGCUUUUAUUUGUAAAAUACUUCGGCUUUUGAAAAACGUCUAGAUACAUGAAUAUUCGUUCGUAGUUUAAUUAGUACUGGUUACAUAGUGAACUUUGCCGGUUUGCACCCUACAUAGCUUUGCUUGAAAUUACAAACGCUAAGUACACUUCAUACACUGGGACAAAACUAUAAAAUAUCCCCUAAAUAUUUAAAACCAAAUCGGAAUCUGGUUGUUCGUUUUAAUUCCCCAGUUUCAGUGGAGCUUGGUGCAAGGCUAAGUAACAGAUUAGUUUACAAAGUUUUAAAACAUUCGUUAAAAUAUUUACUUAAUGGUCUAAAACAAAGCCUUAGAAGCCUACAAACGUGUCAAGAUCAGGCAAAUACGCGAGGAUAAUUCGACUGAACGAUUUAGAAGCAGAAAAUCACUUGCAUUUAAAAUCGUGCAUAUUUUCAAUACCCCUUUAGUGCCUCUAUUUUAGGCAGAUGCUUAAGAUUAAAGGGCCGCAUGUCAGCCUGUAUCUUACCCAUGCUUCCUGUCAUCGUUUCUUUGCGAUUUAAUUUUGUGUUUUCCUUUCAGCCUAGAAGUGUUUGGUACCAGUCUCUUGGCAAGCGAUCCUGAGGAAUGGAAGGAUAAAGAAAUAUGACCCAGCUGCUAUGCACAAUGAGGAAAUGCUCCAGGAGAAAAGCCUGUCUGAAACCGAGGAAGGGUUUCCAACAGCCCCCGCGGCCGGCCAUGCGGACUCCUCCGCCGGCUCCCCCGUCCUCGGCGUAGCCGGGGGGAGCAACACGCCGCUAAGCAGCCCGCAGCUCCCCGACCCCGAGCAGACAAUAGAAAAUAUCAAAGUCUAUCUCCAUGAGAAGGAGCUAUGGAAGAAAUUUCAUGAAGCUGGCACCGAAAUGAUAAUAACCAAAGCAGGCAGGAGGAUGUUUCCUAGUUACAAGGUUAAAGUGACCGGAAUGAACCCCAAGACAAAGUACAUCUUGUUGAUUGAUAUCGUCCCGGCUGAUGACCACCGGUAUAAAUUCUGUGACAAUAAAUGGAUGGUAGCUGGGAAGGCAGAGCCGGCCAUGCCAGGGCGGCUGUACGUGCACCCCGACUCACCGGCCACCGGAGCGCACUGGAUGCGGCAGCUGGUGUCCUUUCAGAAGCUGAAGCUCACCAACAACCACCUGGAUCCCUUUGGACACAUCAUUCUUAAUUCAAUGCAUAAAUACCAACCGCGGCUGCAUAUCGUGAAGGCGGAUGAGAACAACGCUUUCGGGUCGAAGAACACAGCCUUCUGCACCCACGUUUUCCCAGAGACGUCCUUUAUAUCGGUGACCUCCUACCAGAAUCACAAGAUAACCCAGCUGAAAAUCGAAAACAACCCCUUCGCCAAGGGAUUCAGGGGCAGCGACGACAGCGACCUGCGCGUGGCACGGCUGCAAAGCAAAGAAUAUCCAGUGAUUUCCAAAAGCAUCAUGAGGCAGAGGUUGGUGUCCAGUCAUGGCCAGCUUUCAACAAAGCCAGAUGUUAACCCACUUCACGGGAAUCACCAGACCCUUCAACAUUAUCAGUAUGAGAACGGUGCUCACAUGCAAUUCGCAGCUUCGGAUGCUCAAGAUCUGCCACUCAACACCUUCACAGCACAGAGGGAUUCAGGGCUCUUCUAUCAUUGCCUAAAGAGAAGAGAAAGCGCUCGGCACCUGGACCUGCCCUGCAAACGCUCCUACCUGGAAGCCUCCUCUUCUGUAGGAGACGAUCACUAUUUCCGUUCCCCGCCGCCAUACGACCAGCAGAUGCUGAGCCCUUCGUACUGCAGCGAGGUGGCCCCGCGGGAAGCCUGCAUGUACUCUGGUUCUGGGCCCGACAUCGCUGGCGUCUCGGCGGUCGACGACUUGCCGCCUCCGCCUCCCCCCUUGAGCUGCAAUAUGUGGACUUCUGUCGCACCUUACACCAGCUACAGCGUUCAGACAAUGGAAACUGUCCCUUACCAGCCUUUCCCUGCUCAUUUUACCGCCACCACCAUGAUGCCGCGGCUCCCGUCCAUCGCGGGCCAGGGCUCGCAGCCGCCAGGUAACAGCCACUUCAGCGUCUACAACCAGCUGUCCCAGUCUCAGGUCCGGGAGCGCGUUCCGCCUUCGUCGUUCCCGAGGGAAAGGGUGCACCCGUCGGUGUGCGAGAGAAAACCCCCCUCUCCACACCUAAACGCUGCAAACGAAUUCCUGUACUCACAAAGCUUCUCCUUGGCGAGGGAGUCGUCGCUGCCGUAUCAUUCAGGGAUGGGGACUGUGGAGAACUGGACUGAUGGGUGACGCUGACGGCUGAGCGAUGCCACAGCCAACGUUACUGCUCCGGGACAGUGUUUGAUCGGUGUUGAUACCUGUGGGUAACUUGCACUUCGGUGAGACAAAUGUGCAUUUCCAGAGGGGUCUGUGUGGGUGAAGAGCUUGUAUCUUCAGACACACAGAGAAUUACAUCUCCUGUCUUGGUGGGCUCGAUUCAUCAGCCUCUUGCUGACUCCCGAAUAAAUCAAUUCUCACGUCUUCAUUACUGAUCCAGUAGGAACCGUUUUCAUGACUAACAAGUGAAGUAGCUAGGCAUUUUCUUUUGCUUGUAAUACUAAACAUCCAUGAGCAAAUUUUACCUAUUUGGGAAAAAAUUAUAGUGCUUGGUUGGUGAAGUCACGGCAUCCCAAAACUCAACCUGUUGGGUUGCGUAGCUCAAGGACUGCUGCAGCAGCACUUCUUUGGCUCCUUUUGUCUGUAGAAAUUCCUUCUUCCUCUGGAAGUGACGGAGCCGUAGGAGCGCGGGGCCGGCGGGGACGCUUGGCGCGGGGUCAGGAGCUGCGGUGCCGCUCCGGUACCGCCCGGCACGGCGCAGGGUUCGUGCCGCGGCACUGAGAGGAGAAGGCACUGAUGCACAGAUGUCUCUUCUUCCCCCCACACCACCAUCAUUUGUGGCUGUGGGAACCUAAGAAGUGAAGCGUUACGCCCGAGGCCAAACAGCAAAUCAAUUGCAGCAUUAGGAACAGACCCAGUGUCUUCAGAUUCUCAUCUGUUGAUUGAAUCCCACUAGCUUAUUGCAAUAUUUGUUUAAGUUUAAGCUUCAAAGUUGCUAAUACUUUCCAGAAAUGAUUGCUAUACUUGCUGGUCCUUGAUUUCUUUCAUAUUCAGCUGAAACGCGCCUUUUGUGCUAUGUUUUUUUUCUUUUGCAGCUAACGCGGAAAGAAUUGUUUUCAGCAUAAAGGAGGCAUAGAGAAAGAUUUUCUUAAUUGUGGGGUGGGAAGAGUUCCCAUUACCUGUCAGGCUUUACAGUGUACAAAUAUUUGUAGAGCAGGUAAAAAUCUGUAGCCAGUGCAUACAUCGCUAGCGUUGUUUACUGUGGAAGUACCUUGAACUGACUCCUCCAGUGCUGCCUUUGCCAUCCAGAAUGUCCCUGUGAGGGCAGGAGGGAUCGCUCAGUGACAGCCACAGCACGAAACGGCCUCGUGGGAGAGCAAACUGCGCUCUUUCUGGAACCAAAUUCCCCUGAUCUUUGCCCGAAAGUGUCCCGAGCAGGGCUGUGUCCUCCUCCGAUCUGCCGUGUGUCCAUGCUGACCCAAGGGACGGCCACACAGAGGUGACGCUGGGAGUCUGGUUCCACUAAAAAGCGCAAUAUUUCAGCUUUAGUCACGCACAGCGGGGUGUUUGGUUUUUUUCCCCUUUGCUUCCCAAACUGGCAGAGGUAAAAAGCUGAAAUACAGAUGUGGAAGUCGGGAGGUGCUUCGGCGUUUUGGUGAAUCCCUUCCAAGGAAGAGAGGCUGAUGGAGGAGGGCGUGGAGGUCGCGUUUCAACCAGGACAGUCUCGUACACCCGCUCAGCAGACGAUGUGUGUGACCGGUGUGGAUUUUGUAAUCGGAUUUUUGGAAAUCACUACCGUUUUUGCAUGCUGAAUAGCUAUUUAUAUACAUAUAUAUUUUAUAUAUAUAUAUAAAAAUAUAUAUAUAUCACAAAUGCAGGCCACGUGUCCAAUUCAGCUUUGCUUUUUACGAAUGAAAUACUUAAUAAAAAUGAAUGUUGCAAGGUUUUUUUUUGGAAAGACAUCUAUUUAAGAUUUUUUUUUUUAUUACACACCUUUGAUGUAAAAACUAAGAACUGGUUAGAUAAAAAACAUAUAUACUACAGAUGAAUCUUUAUUAGAAACCACAUUAGCUACAGGUGGUAUGGAAUUUAAAAAUGUUUGUUACAUAGCAUGGACAUUUUAUUUUACAUAUCAGAACAUAAAGUCAUUUUACUACUAUAAGCUGUCUCUGGGUGCAUUUCAAUAAUUAGUAUAAA